AUGUGUAAGAAUGUUGUGAAUCGAGGUGAAUUGAAGGAUCAUCAAGAGAAAUAUUGUCCUCUUCAUGAAGCGUAUCAACAAGUAGAACAAAUGAAACAUGAUUUGGAACAACAAUUUGAAGAGAAAAACGCAAAGUUGGAACAAGAGUUUCAAGAACGAUUGAAACAAUUGGAACAAGAAUAUCAAGAAAAAGAUGAGCUCUGUAAAAAAGAAAAUUCUCUCUAUUUGGAACAAGAAAAGAACAAGUUGAUGCAAGAAAGGGAGGAAAUGAUGAAACAAUUUGAAAAGAUGAAAGAACAAUUAGAAUUGGAAAGAAAUGCUCUCCAAGAAGAAAAGAUGUCUCGUUACAAAUUGGAAAAUUCCAACAAACCCAUUCAUUUGAAUGUGGGUGGAAAAAUUAUGACUGUUUCAUUGGGUCACUUUUUAAGAAAUGAAAGAGAACCUGAGAAUUUAUUUGAGAAAAUGUUCACAGGAGAAUAUCCAUUGUAUGAAACUCCAAGUACUUCUUUGUGGAUUGUAAGCUAG